AUGGAUGACUAUGGUCCUAUAAAGUUAGCAGCGGAUGUGGGUAAGCUUGUGUUCACUACGGUAGAUGACUAUCCCACUGGCCAACGUGAAGUAGGGACAGAGACACGCGCAUCAUGUUUCGGGGAUAUUCAGGUUCGUUCAGCGACCGCAGUCAGUCUUGUGAGCGAGACCAUGAUCGUGGGAGAUCAUAUGACCGCUACAGAGGUAGGGGGUCAGAUGACUAUCGUCGUGAUGCCCAAAUGA